AUCCCUUUCUUUUCGUUUUGCGUUUUCAACGUAUUAAGUUCAUUUUAAGGCAUUUUUCUGAUUUUAAUCAAAGAGUCCAUCAUGUUUAUUCCAAAGGCUAAUCGAGUUGCCAUUUAUGAGUACCUCUUUAAGGAGGGUGUACUUGUGGCCAAGAAGGACACUCGCGUCCUGAAGCAUCCCGAUCUGGCAUCGAUCCCAAAUCUGCAAGUCAUCAAGACGAUGCAGUCGCUGCAUUCGCGUGGCCUGGUCACGGAGCAGUUCGCCUGGAGGCACUACUACUGGUGUCUGACCAACGAGGGAAUCGAGGAGCUGCGCAACUACUUGCACCUGCCCCCGGAGAUUGUGCCCACCACCCUGACCCGUCCUGCUCGCUCCGAUGCGGUGCGUCCACGUGGAGGAGCUGGAGGACCUCGAGGAUUCGGAGGCGGUCCCUCCAAGACCGACCAGGACCGCUCGAACUACAGACGCAAUCCUGGCGAUGGCGGAUUGGACAAGGCGGGCGACGUGGGCCCCGGCUCUAGGGAUCUCGAGUUCCGCGGAGGCUUUGGUCGUGGAUCCCGCUACUAAACUAGCAAAUGGAGUUCAAGUUUAACUAACUCUCUAAAUAAAACAACGUGGAAUUAAAUAUUUCCCUUAAAAACAACAUAA